AAGUGGUUCAACUACAAUCAAAUAUAUCUCUGUCUUGUGCAUUACGAGAGGAGUGCCUCCAGUUAUUAGAUGCAAAUGCAAGUCACAUAUUUUGGAGAAUGAAUGAUACCCAAAUUUCACGAGAACAAUAUUAUUUCAAUGCAACUGUUUCCUGGGUAACCUUAAAGAGGAUUGAUGCUUUAAGAACCUAUUUGACAUGUCACAUUAACAUCAAAGGAGCACCAAAUAUCCUUCACCGUUUUGAAAUUAAAGCAGGCUUGCCUCCUGAUAAGCCAAAGAAUAUUUCCUGCAUUUCAUACUGGCGUGUAAACUUUACUUGUUCCUGGGACCAAGGGCGUGAAACCCACCUAAAGACUAAUUUCACAUUAACUAGACAACAGCAAUAUAAGAAAAGUGAGAUCUGUCCUAACUUGAAGAAGAGCUCGUGUUCCUUUGAAUACCCAGAGUUAGACAUUUUAGGAAAUUAUGCAAUUACUGUAGAGGCACAGAAUGCUCUCGGCAAAGUCUCAUCUGAUCCUUUAGACCUGGACAUUUGGCAUACUUGGAAAACUGAUCCACCUUGGAAUGUAACUGUUCACUCUAUCCUGGGUCAAUCAAGGUCUUUGCUUGUAACAUGGUGCAAACCUAAAAUGGCACCACCAAACCUUCCAUUAUAUUAUGUUCUGCAAUAUCAAGCCAUUGGUACAAGCAAAUGGAUUCAGGUAAAAGAAGAAACAACUAGUAACACUUCAUUUGUGCUUAAGAACCUCAAACCCUUCACCAACUAUACAGUGGCUGUGCGAUGCAUUGGUAAAGACCAAAUUUACUGGAGUCAAUGGAGCUCAAUGAAAACUGGAGUAAUCUCUGAAGAUAAUCCAUUAACGGGACCCUCUAUUUGGAGAAAAAUUAAAAAUCUUGAUUCUGAGGGAAAGAGAAAAGUGCAUGUUCAGUGGAAGGCAUUAAACAGGUCCAAAGCCAAUGGAAUCAUCUUAGGAUACAGAGUCUGGUAUGAGAAAAGAAGAGAUCGAACAAUCAUACAACAGUUUAAUACAACAUCUUUGAACUCGUCUUUCCUCCUGACCCGUGAUGCAUACAUGAUAACUGUAAUUGCUUAUAACUCAGCUGGUGAUUCUCCUGAAGCCACUUUGAAAGUUCCGGCAGUAAACCAAAUGGAUGAUCUUCCAGCUGUUCAAGACAUUACCACAACAUCACAGAAUAACCAACUGCUCAUACACUGGAACACUUCAAGGCCACCUGAUGAUGGAUAUGUCAUUGAAUGGUGUUUGAUAUUGAAUGCAAGUUCAUGUGCAGGGCCAUUACACUGGCAACAUGAGCCCAACACUUCCAAAAUGGCAUACUUACAGGGAGAUUUAGAAAAGUUUAAGCGCUAUAACAUCUCUGUUUAUGCUGUGUACACUGAUGGCGCUGGAAAUCCAUUCUCAAUACCGGCAUACCUACAGCAAGAUAUUCCAGAAGUAGGCCCAAUUAUUGAUGCUCCACUUGCGAGAGAAACAGAAUGCACAAUUAAAUGGCAUGAAAUCCCAGUGGAAAAGAGGCGUGGAUUCAUCACCAAUUACACCAUUUUUUACAAAUCUGCAAAAGGCGAGGCAGGUGUAACAGUGAAUUCAACAGUCCAUGAAUAUACACUGAAAUCUCUGCAAAAGAAUACUGAUUACACAUUUUAUGUUAUGGCAUCCACUGUGAAGGGAAGCAUGAACAGCACGUUGAAUUCCUUCACAACAAAUGCUCUUGGGCAAAAAGAUAUUGUGGUGAUUCUGGUGCCUGUUCUCGUCAUCUUCCUACUGCUAGUAAAUAUGUUGAUAAUCUGUUUCAACAACAAGCAUAGGAUUGCAAAACACAUUUGGCCUGACGUGGCAGAUCCUGCAGGUAGCAGUUUAGCUGAUUGGUUUCAUGAACAUCAAUACAAGAAUGAUCAAACCCCAAAAAUACUGAAUCCAGGAAAAGACCACUACACCGACAUCAGCACAGUUGAAGUCUUAUAUCUGCCUGAGGAAAGCCAGCUACAGUCCAUAAAGAAAGACCUGACUUCACAUCUACACACAGUGGAAGUGGAAUGUCCCCCUACUGUGCCUCCCCAUCAUGAGACCGCAUCAAAUGGUGAAGAGACCAAGUUGUUACAGCAAACAGAUACAGUUGUGUACACAGUCUUAGAAGAAGGCUACAAGAGUCAAAUCCCUGACUUCAGCCGGUCAUUGUCAAAGCAGCCACUACUUUCAAAUACUUCAGAAAAGAGUACAAGUGAUCAUGGAACUGAAAUAAGUGCACUUGAUGGAGUUGAAGAAAAUUGGUGUCCACAAAAUACUGAUGAAAAUGAUGUAUUUCAACAAAUAACUAAAAUCAACUCAUACUUGAAUAACUCCUUACAGAUGACUGAGUCAAAAAUUGCAUUGGAUUCAGAUAGCUCAAGCAAUUCUUCAAUUGAUAGCUCCUGUAAAGAGGGCACGAAAGUGCAAGGAGAUGCUGGAACUGUCAAUGUGAAUCCACAGAGUUCUCCUCAAGAUAACCAGCCGAAUAACCCAGUGCAAACUUACAUUACAGUGCAGUUACUUGGAUUAAUGUUAAACAAUGAAAUGUAAUUGACUACUGUGCUGCGCCCAUUUAGAAAUCUCAGUUAUCAGCUCAGUUAUCUCUUUAGUUAUCAGCAUUAAAACUGAAAAUUUAAUACACAGCUGGCCUGUUGGGAUAUGAAUAGAGGAAAAUAAGUUAAUGUUUCUGCAAUUAUGAGCGAACAUUAACUUAUUUUGUUUCUUUUGGUUUCAUGUCCAAUAUUUUUAUAAUUUUAUAU